CUCCAAGACUCUUGUUUCGUCGAGAUCCUACAACCUUCCACUCUCGGAUGAAGAAGGAUGCCCGAGCGCAUCAUUUUGCCUCAACCUGAUUCGCCGGCGCGGUUUGUCGCCAGAUGCGGUAUGGCGCAUACCAUAGACAACCAGGGGCUUGGGAAAACAUGCGGGUAUUUCACAGUAACACUCCCAAUUACCCGGACGGCGGCCUUGAGGAUCCCAGUCUCACAGUCGAGGGAUCCUGCCUCGUCCCUUAUUUAAGACGAGUCGUGUCCUAGUCCAAAAACGGCGAUUAUUUGCGCCAGAGCGAGCCCAGCUUAGCAAAACUCGUCUGCUCAAACUCGUCGACUACUCGCUGGUUACCUAGCUGCACACACCAUGGUCGGCGUUCCUAGCCGUUCCAAGGCCUGUUCAACAUGCAAGAGACGACGCAAGGGGUGUGACCUCGCCCGCCCCUCCUGCUCGCAGUGCCGCGGGCUCGGCAUAGAGUGCGGCGGCUACGACAGGGAUCUAAUCUUUGUCGUCAGCACUCUCGACGACAGGCCCGCUGGCCGCAGCUAUCGCUUGGAACAGCGCAACCUGCCACCGCCACCGAGCAGCAGCCAGGAGGUAACCAUCCCUCCGACGGCAGGACUCCAGCAACCGCCGUCCCUGGUGCGUGUGGCCUACGAGAGCCACUACGCGGGGCGCUUCUGGGAGGCUUACAUGCCCCGGGGCCGGCCCAUCCGGCCUGCGCUGGUCACGAGCUACAUAUGCAACUGGACGACCCUUGCGCAGAGGCUGUACGAUGCCGACGAGGCCUUGCGGUUUGCGUUUCUUGCCAACUGCCUCUGUCAUGCUGCGAGGAGAGUCGACGGGGAUUGUGAGGCUAGCGCGCCGUCGAUGGAGGUUGAGGGCCGUCGCAUGUACGGGAGGGCGCUGGCCAGCUUGAAGAGGUCGCUUUCUAGGAAUCCGGAAUCGAACGUGGCUGCGGUGAUUGCGGCGAAACUGUUGAGUAAUUUCGAGAUGUUUUUUAGUUCCGAAAAACAGGCCUUUCUCGAAUCGCGAGGCUGGGAGCAGCACCAUGCCGGAGAGACAGCACUCUUGGUCGCCUGCGGCCCUGCUGGAUGUUCACGCGGCAGUUCCCACGAAAUCUUUAUUGACGACCGUGUAGAUCUACUUCUCUCGGCCAUCAAAGCCCGCAAGAAAUCGCCUUUGAGCACUGACGAAUGGAAAACACAACCGUGGUCCGAGACUCCCAAGAACCUCAAAGAUGUCCUCGUCGACGUCUUGAUACACAUGCCCGGCCUUCUCGAGGAGUUUGACCACAUGCGCCUCUGUCAAGACGAAAACAAAAAAGCGAGGCGCCGGCAGCGCCUUCUUGCUCGGUGCAGCAUCUACCAAGGGGAGCUUCAGAAGUGGAAGGCUAUUGUGUGUCCGGCAGGUGAGAUGGACGUGUCUUGCCUGGGCCGAGCUGAGCCGACUCAAGGCAAUGUUGCCAUAGUUCAUGGCCUCACCCUCUACUGGACCACGUGCAUCCUGCUCUACACGACGCAGCAACUCGCGUCUGGACCUGAGCCCGUGCUGCCGGCCCACGCUGACCCAGCCAUCUACAUCCGCAACAUUGUCGAUACAGUACCGCUUCUGUUAAGGCGCAAAGCUGGCUUGUACGGUCAGCACGCAGCCAUCUUGCCACUGGCGGUGGCGUUGCAGUACGCACUGGCGCUUGGAAGCCCCAUGGACGAGCUGCGGGAGAGGUUAAUGGGUAUUUUGGCGGAGCCUUCGGGUGCGCUGGUCAGACCCUUUCUCAUUGGCUAUGAUUUCAACUCGAGAGAGAGCGGGGACUUGGAUACAAUGAAGGAGAAGGCUCGACAAUGGGCUGGAACCACAUGGUUGUGGAUGAAGUUACGAAUGAUGGACUAGUUUGCCCAGUUUCGUGCGUCAAAAUUGUGCCAUCAAAUGUGCUGGCUUGCCUCCGAGGAAAUAGGUGAGGCCGUGUGAUGAGUACGGAGGUCACAGGAGAACAAAGGACCUGUUCUUGGCACUUGUAACAGUAUCUCAUUGAAAGUGGCCAGCAGUCGUUCCGGUGACAUUGUUGAGAGCAUAAAUAGGUGCCGGUUGGAAAUAAAAUUCUUGUGAAC